AUGACCAAAAAAAAACAGUCCAUGGCCUUCACUUCCAAAACCUCUAGUGCCAAACACCAACAAUCUUCUGCUCAGCUCUUGUCUCAGCCACUGAAGGGUACCAAGCACAAGAAGAAGAGGUCCAUGAAGUGCAAGCACAAUGAAUUGGACAGUGAAAGCAAUGUGGUUGCAGCAGGCAGCAACAGAAACAAGCACAGAACCAAGAAACAAAGGUCGGAGUUAGAGGAAGAUGCACUGCAGGACGAAGAUGAGAAUGUGGUCCUCCUAAUGCACAUAGACAAGGCUAUGAAGAACUGGACCUUGUCAGUCUAUGAUCACUUUCACCUGCCUCCUGAAAUCAAGAGGGAUGCAGAGGAGGAUGUGAAGUAUGUCUUCACAUGCAAGAGGCACAGAAGUAUGCACACCCACAGUUGCAAGGACAAUAGCACCAGUAAUCUUAAAGGGCAUGCUGAAAAGUGUGACUUCCAAGCCCAGCAAGACAGAAGUGGUCCUUGGCAGCAGAAGAUUGGCGAGAUUGCAUCAAAGUAUAUGGGUGGUGAGUUCCGCUACUUGAUGGUGGAGUGGUUGAUGCAGUGCCACUGGCCCAACACCAUUAUUGAGGAUGUGCUAUUACAGAAGAUUUUUCAGUUGCUCAACCCUGUGGUGAACAUCCACUCAGAUAUCAUGGCAGGCCACAAUGUCAAGGAGAUAUAUGAAGUCUCCAAGGAGCAGCUGAAACGGAUGCUCAAGGCCAUCCUGUCCCAGUUCAAGGCAAAGCAUCAGCUGGGCUGCACCCUGAUCACAAUCGAGCAGUUGCUACAGGCAUGGUUACCUGACUAUUUGUAUAGCCAUAUCACUAGUGAAGCACUGCUGGGCAAAGGCCUUUUGUCACUUGCUGUUACCGAGCACAUCACCAAUGCUGAUGACCAAGCUGGAGGAGAGGAUUCUGAUGUGGAUGAGGUUGAGGAUGAUGAGGAUGAUGCAUUGGAUGCUGAUAAAACUGCCACUUUGGAGGACCUUUGCAAGGACCUGGAGGAUGAGAAGAACUGCAUGAUUGACAAGGAAUCUGACAAUUGCCCAGAGGUCAUCAAUCUGACAGUGGAUGAGGUCAAUCUGGGAGUGUCAGCACUGACCAAAAAUCUGCUGCAAGUAUGUCUUGAAAGCCUCUGCAAGAAGCAAGGCAUUUCUGUCCUCAAGAUGAUUUGCCACAUCAUCACACACUGGAACACAACUUUCAAUGUUAUCGAUAGAGGGGUUGCACUAUGCCCAGCCCUCAAUGCGCUAUGCAUGGAGCAUGAGCAUGAGCAUAACAAGGGCAAACCACCAUUGAAGCAAUUAAAACACUUUCUGCUGUCCGAUGAGGAAUGGGAGGUGCUCAUGCAGCUGCAGCUAAUUUUGGAGAUAUUUCUCAAGGCAACAGAGCAUAUCUCACGUUCAGCAGUUCCACUGUUGCAUGAGGUCAUACUGACCAUGGACAGCAUCACUAAGAAGCUCAAAAAAUACCUCAAGGAUGCCACUCUUUACCCGGCUGUGUGCGCAGAUGUUGCCCAUGGUCUGGCUAUCACUGACAAGUAUUACUCAAAGACUGAUGAAUCCAUCAUGUGA